GGUCGUUCAAAAUGACGUUUAGUGACAUCUGUGACGUCAAAUCGUCAAAUCAAAAAUAAAUCGGGAUUUUACCUUGGGCAUAAAACAGCGAUUUUAUGUAAUGAUACAUUCUGAUUUUUCCUUCGCAUUUUCCGCUGUGAAGUUGCUGCCCGCCUGACUACCAAAUAUCGACUCGGCUAAAAAUAUGACUUUUUCAUAAACAUUGAAGAUGGAAGAUGAAGACUAUAAAGUGUCCUCAGAAUUAUACAGUGAAUUUAAUUAUGAAUCAUCCUCAAAACCCAUGAUAGAUAAAAACAAUGUGGUAUCAAAAUUCAAGUUCAAAUUUCCACCACCACCCCCAGAAGUGGAUUCAGACGGUGACUUAAUAGUUUCCCGAAAAAAGUCUAAAGAAAAAACUGGGAUUAUUGAAAUCGAACACAGUAAAAGUACAGUUCUUGGUUUGGUGGGAUUACAAAUAUGGCGAGGAGCGCUUUUACUUGCCGACUGGUUAUUACAUAACUCCUCAAAGUUAAAAAAAAAUCACUACAUUUUGGAAUUAGGAUCCGGAGUCGGAUUGAGUAGCAUAGUCGCAGGAAUAUUCACUCCGGUUUUUUGCACUGAUAUUAAUAAAGGCGGAUUAUUGAAACUUAUCAAAGGGAAUGUAUUACGAAAUGUACAUUUAACCAAACAUCCAAUCACAGUCUUGGAACUGGAUUUUAUGUCCCAGGUGCUUCCCCGAGAAAUCGUCACUUCAAUUGAAAAAAUUCCAAUCGUAAUAGCGGCAGAUGUUGUUUAUGACGACGUUAUCACUCAGGCCUUUGUUAAAACCGUUGGCCACGUUUUAUCCAAACCUCCCAAAAGAUCUGUGUAUGUUGCGUUAGAAAAACGCUUUGUUUUUACAAUUGCUGACUGUGAUGCUGUUGCACCGUGUUACGACUACUUUCUAGAAUGUCUGGAAAAGCUCGAGAACAUUCAGAAAGAAGAAGUUCCGUUGGACUUUCCACAAUAUUUUCAUUAUGAUCGAGUCAAGGAGUUAGUCUUAUGGAAAAUAACGUCAAACUUUGACGAAAUGAACUAAUAUGUACAAUAUUACCGUGCAGUAUAUUAACACAAUACAUUGUAUAAAUACAGUUUUAACAUUUCAAUAUGUAAACACGUUAUUUUAAAACAAAUAUAAGUUGUCGAUUUGCCCUUUG